AUGGAAGACAAGAAUGGAGUCGACACUAUGAUCAUCGAGUUUGGCAACCAAGUACAGAAAAUAUUUGGUAACCUAAAACAUUGCCCCGUAAGCAUAGAGUUCAUCCAAUUCGGCCAUGACCCAAAUGCGACGAGCAGAUUACGGAGAUUAGAUGACGAUCUAGUAUACUAUGGAAUUCCGGACAUUGUUGACUCCGAGCACUGCUCGGGGGAUGUUAACAAAAUGCUUCUAGGAAGCUUCGUCGAAGAAUACGAUCUCUUCGAUGACGGUGAGCCCGCUUCUAUGUCCAUAAGCGCAGGAGUAGACGCAGGCCCUCCAACGGAGACCCCAUUGUCGCAGCUUACAAAUCAUUUCCCGACCUCGAGCAAUGCUUAG